GCGUUCUCGAAAGACCCACCUCUGCGGGAAGCUUACGUAGCUUCUUCUUGGGAGGCGAGAGAGACUUAUUUGGCAGUCCUGCCGCUGUUGUCGGACCUCGACUUCGUUUCUUCGCUGAAGCGGAACUCUUCCCGUUGUGAGGGCAGCACAAUAAAUAUUUCUCCAUUGCAAGGGACGGUGCUGCAUCGCGAAAGGAUGAGCAGCAGCAGCAGCAAGAAGAACUGGGGUACCAGAUCCGCGUGGGCGAUGUCGUUCUUUGACAUGGUCCCUCCACCCUCAUCCUCAGCUCCCUCCACUGAACUGUCCAGCGAGACAACAGAGGCAGCAUCCUCGUCCCCCGCACCGUCCUCCUCUUCAGCAGUGGCAAAAGCAAACAACGCUAAACGGAGGAAACGAUUAGAGGUGGAUCCGCAGACGUGCUGGCGCUGCCGCCGCUGUCACGCGCUGCUGCACCCACCUCUCGACGCCGUCACCGGCAAGCCUCGUAGCGGCGUGAUGAUGUGUGAGCACCUGGAGGGCAUCUCAUCCGGCGGCACGACGCACCUGGCGACGGGGGUGGCGGUGUGCUCGGCUGGUACCCUUCGCUACCACAAGCGUGCUGUGUCCAGCGCCUGCGCAGACGCCGGCAAUACUGCGAGUGCUAGAGAAACACGUUCUUGUCACAAGGACAACAGUGAAGUGUCUUUGUCUCUUCGGGAAGGAGGCGAGCAGGAUGUCGAGGUGAACGAGGCCGCAUCUGCGCGUGCAGCCGUCAUCGCCCUUCUCCGGCAGUGUCAGCGCGCUGCUCUCCUCGAUAGUAAGAAUACCAACGACAGCGGCCGCGGUACCGCUCGUGCCCCUGUGCCACUGCUCUUCAUUGUCGUGGAGAACCCCAAGACACCGGCGAAUGCGGGCGGCGUUCUGCGGGCCAUGAAAUGCUAUGGUGUUCACGGACCUGCGGUGACUUCUCAUGCCGCUGCGACGGCUGCGGGUCGCACGCCGCAAGACGAGAAGGAAGGAAAAAGGGCCACCCCCUCGUCGACAACGAAGGCAGGACUUGACGUGCACACCGCCACUUUCGGUGUCGACUCCCCGCCUCCGCGGUCGGAUGACGCAGACGACGGAGUGCUGCAGCGUGUCGGUGCGUUCAUCUUCUCCGGCACGCGCCUGCAGAAGGCGUUGGGGCACACCGACUUCGCCGGCACGCUGCGCACGGACCCGACACACGCCAGUCGCGACAUUCCGCAGCUCUGCCUUCCCACCCUCGAUGGCCUCUUUGACGUGCUACGGAGCGAGUUUGGACAUGAUGCGUCUGCGACAGCGCCGCCGUCGUCCUCCCCUGUGCGAGUAGUGGCGGUGGAGCUGGUGGAGGGUGCCACUCUUCUUCCUGCUUUUGAGCAUCCGUUCAAUUAUACAGAGAGUGGUGAUGUGUCAUCGUCUUCUUCCUCGGCAAAGUCUAUUCGAGAUACAGCCGCUGCGCGUCAAGAGUCCGCUACAUUAACCGACUCGGCGGCGGCGGCGGCGGAGGGCUGUGUGCCGAUGGUGUUCUACGUGUUUGGCGCGGAGGACGGCACCCUCGCCGCCCACCAUCUCGCGCGCGACGUGGACGACGUUGUCUUCAUGCCGACCGCCGGCAGUAUGAACCUCGCGGCGACGGUGAACGUGCUGCUGUACGAUCGUGCUGCAAAGGAGCGCUGCGGGCUGCGACCGGCGGAGAGGGAGACCGGAAAGAAGUGGAAGGGGGUGUUUGAGGGGCGGAACGCGAACAACCGCACGCGGUGGACGCGGCCCAGCUGA